AUGUUUGCGGACAUCCGAGCAUUGGCUUGUCUGUUUGUUUUCUGGAAGCUGUUGCUUCUCUGUAUAGCAUAUGCCAGUCCCGGACCUGGCUACGAUACGUCUACCAACUUGCUGUUGCUCCGUGCGCAGUCCGCGCAGUCCGAGAAUACCCUUCUGGCACAUCUUGCGAAGAAUCUCGUAUCAAAACUUGUUCGCUGGGAUGCCUUGUACUUUAUCAGUGUCGCUCAGCGAGGCUAUCUGUUCGAACAAGAAUGGGCUUGGGGCUGGGGCUAUACCCGGUUGCUCAGCUUGAUCUCUAAAGUCAUUCCUGGUGCUGCUUUAUCUCCGCUGUAUGCUCAAGCAUAUGCUGGUGUAAUCAUCUCUCAUGUUGCCCAUCUCUCAUCAGUGAUCAUCCUCUAUGGGUUGGUUCAUCACCUACCCAUCAUGGACAAGAGACAACGUCGUAAGGUUGCUUUUGUUGCGGCUUCUUUGCAUAUUUUCUCCACCGCCGGUCUCUUCCUCUCCGCUCCCUACUCUGAGAGCUUGUUCUCGAUGCUGAAUUUCUUGGGUGUUUUGCUGCAUGCUCGAAUUCCAUGGGAAAUGCCUCUUGAAAAGUAUGGACCAUUCUCUUUGCUCAGUCUGCUACUGUCGGGUGCUUGCUUUGGACUCGCUACCACUGUCCGCAGCAAUGGUCUGUUCAGCGGACUUGUUUACUUCCAUCACGUCUACAUGCUGUUCCAUUCGCGCAUCAAUCUUCGCACGAUUGUAACAAUUGUGGUCAUUGGCAUUUCGGCUGCCAUGAUCCUAUCUGGUAUGCUAUUCCCACAGUAUAUGGCGUAUCAAGAAUUUUGCGUAGGUCCGUCAGCAGCAAGCGAACUGCGCCCUUGGUGUACGCGGACCUUGCCUAGUAUCUAUUCAUGGGUACAAGAACAUUAUUGGAAUGUGGGGUUCCUCCGCUACUGGACCGUGUCCAAUAUUCCUUUGUUCUUGCUGGCACUGCCGAUGCUCUUUGUUCUAAUCUCCACGGGACUGACUGCGCCGUCGCUCUGGUUCGAACAACAAGGUCUGGAUCGCAAAAAAGACUACGACCAUACGAUGGUCUACAUCUCUUGCUUGGCACUCCCACAAAUCUUGCUGGCUCUGCUCGCUUUGACAACGUUCCAUGUGCAAAUUGUCAAUCGUAUCGCUACAGGCUAUCCGAUUUGGUACAUUGUUCUUGCGGCUGCCAUAGUAUCACCGAGUCGAGCUUUCAAAAAUGGCAAGGUUGGUCCGACACAAGAAUUGAUCUUUCGAGGGAUGAUCAUGUACUCCGUUAUCCAAGGUGGUCUCUACGCUAGCUUCAUGCCUCCUGCGUGA